AAAAAUUGAAAAAAUCAUACUCAUCCAUUUGAGCACGAAGAGCCCGCCAUCUUAAGUAAAGAUCCCGCACGAAAUCCCAUGCGCGGGAACGUAUGAUGUCACUACAGACCACACGAGAUUUCGCUCUGGAUAUUCAAUCAAGAUGGCAGUGGCCGACUCUUCACGAUCAAAUGGAUGAGAAGCUAUAAUCCUUACAACCAAAGGUUCAUCUCAGUAUCAAGAGGAGGCAGGUAAAGCUCAGCAGCAUGUGGGUCAGUCUUGUGGUUCUCCUCCCUCUUUUCUGGAAAGGUAUCACAGGCCAGAUUCCUCUCUAUACUAUCACAGUGGCUUCCAGUGUCAGUGUACAGGAGGGUCUCUGCGUCACGAUUCCUUGUAAAUUCACAGCUGACGGUAAAAGUACAUUCACAGAUCCCUUCGUUUACUGGAAACGUUCUGGUUCAAACGCUAUCGUAGCCACUAAUAAUAAUCCAGAUACUGUGCAAACAAACUUCCAUCUGACGGGAAACCCAGAUUCUGGGGACUGCACCCUGACGUUAUCUAAUACCGCAAAAGGCGAUGCGGGGACAUAUUACUUUAGAUUUGAAGGCAACAAAGGCAACGGUCCGAGAUUUAGUUAUGAGAAAACACCAACUAUCACUGUGACAGGUCUCACAGAAGAACCGGUCAUCUCAGAUAUCGGGACAGUGAUUGCUGGUGUAAAUAAGACAUUGACCUGCGCUCCUCCUGGGAACUGCUCUGCCACAUCCUUACAUUUUCAAUGGGAGAAGAGUAAUGUGGCUGGUAUCUGGAAGACUUCAUCUACAAUAACAUUUACCCCAUCUACAGAUGAUGACCAGAAAACCAUCACAUGUCAGAUGACUAAUGCCAAGGGAACGACAACUCAAAAAAACAUUCUCCUUCAUGUCUACAGUCCCUUAAACAUUACAAUCACAUGGAACUUUUCUGGAAAGAAAAAAAAUAAACCAGAUCCAAUAGAAGUGGAUGAAGGUUCAUCAAUGACAUUGACCUGCUUAGUGGAAAGUAUCCUAACACUUGAUGUGACCUGGACGGAUAAUAAGAACAACAUUCUUAAGCGUGGGACUGGAAAGGAGUUAGAGCUAAAACUAGAAAACAUCAUGAUGACCCAGGCCGGUAUCUACACUUGCACAGCCGAGAAUGAAUAUGUGAAAAAAAGUGCAAAUAUCAACAUAACUGUACAAUACUCAUCUAGAAAUAUGAAAAUCACCAUUAUGUCAUCCAAAGGUGGAGAACGUCCAUCUGGUCAACCAGUGGUUAUUGAUCCAACUGAGAUGCUGACCCUUGUCUGCAAUGUUGAUGCUAACCCAAAUGCUACUGUGGUCUGGGUAAAGGGGGAAGUAGAUAUGGAAUCACCGAAAAUGAAUAACAGUGGAUCAUCAGCAAUUAUAAACGUGACAUUAUCAACCUCUGACGUCUACAGAUGCCUGGCGUGGAAUGCCAUUGGGUUGAUAGAACGACGGAUUCAAGUUGGAGAAAAACCUGUCUGCAGAUGUAUGGAUUCUAUCUUCAUCGCUGGGAUGGUCGCUGGUAACAUCAUAAUCCUGACCCUUAUCACUGCGGGAUCAUAUUUCUUUCUCAAGAAACAUACCGAGAAAAAUAAAUUAGGGAAUAAACCCAAUGGUGGUGAACAGAGAGAACAAGGAACAGAGUCUACUUAUCAGGUACUCUACGUACAGCAUAUAUACAAAUAUUUAAGUUAUAGUUCCGAUUUUUCUGCUAUAUGA